UCCGGAUGUGAUGCCUGUGUACCCUGAGAGGGCAAGUUGAUGUUUCCGCCUCCGCGGCCCCGGGUCGGCGGGGGGAGGGGCGGGUUUCCUCGCCUCCUACUCCCGAAUCCGAGAUUCCGUCUUUCCUGAGGGUCUCUGUUACUUUCCAUCUCCUCUGAAUCCCACCUCUCCACCGAUCCCUACCCAGCGCCAUUAGUUCCCCUCAAUCCUUCAGCCCCGGUCUAAGUUCCGUCCUCGCUCCCAGGCCUACUUUCCCUCCAGGAAGGUCCUCAGCCUGAGGAGCCCCACGCCCCUAGACCUCCUGCAUCUGUCUCUUUCCAGCCUGGAUUCUUCCCUCUUCCACUCUCCAAGUGAUCAACCUCCGAGAUCCAGCCCCACCUCUUCUCACACCGAACCCCUGAUUUCCCCCUUCCAUUAUCUUCAAGCUCUAACCCUCCUCCCCCAAAUUCUUAGCAUCCAAGAGACCCGGUUCUAGUCACCCCAAGAUCUCACGCUCCUACUCAUCAUACUCAAGCCCUUUCUGCCUCUCCAAAUCCCGGCCUCUUACAUUCCCUAAACCUGGUGUCCUCGUGCCUCCCUUCCCCUCCCCCUUUCCCUCGAUCCAGGAUGGGGGACAAUACCAGCCCCAUCAGUGUGAUCCUGGUUAGUUCAGGGAGCAGGGGCAAUAAGUUACUUUUCAGAUACCCAUUUCAGAGAAACCAGGAACACCCCGCAUCCCAGACAAAUAAGCCACGUAGCCGAUAUGCUGUUAAUAACACAGGAGAUAAUACAGAUGACCAAGAUGGAGAUUCCAGAUUUUCAGAUGUAAUUCUAGCAACGAUUUUGGCAACUAAGUCUGAUAUGUGUGGUCAGAAAUUUGAGUUGAAGAUUGAUAACGUGCGAUUUGUUGGUCAUCCUACACUUCUGCAGCAUGCUCUGGGACAGGUAUCCAAAACAGAUCCAUCUCCAAAAAGAGAAAUGCCUACAAUGAUUCUCUUUAAUGUGGUAUUUGCAUUAAGGGCCAAUGCAGAUCCUUCCGUGAUAAACUGCUUGCAUAACCUAUCACGUCGAAUUGCCAUCGUGUUGCAGCACGAAGAAAGACGCUGCCAGUACCUGACCAGGGAGGCUAAGCUGAUCUUAGCCAUUCAGGAUGAAGUGUCUGCCAUGUCUGACAGUCCACAGUCUCCAUUUCAUCACAUUCUUCCCAAGUGUAAGUUGGCCAGAGAUCUCAAAGAAGCUUAUGACAGCCUCUGUACCACUGGUGUGGUACGAUUACACAUCAAUAAUUGGCUGGAAGUGAGUUUCUGCCUGCCUCAUAAAAUCCAUUAUGUCGCAACAAAUUUUAUACCUCCUGAAGCCAUUGAAAAGAGCCUGAAAGCUAUCCGACCUUACCAUGCCUUACUGCUGCUCAAUGAUGAGAAGUCCCUACUCAAUGAACUCCCAUUAGACUGUUCCCCUGCCCUCGUGAGAGUGAUUAAGACCACCUCUGCUGUGAAGAAUCUGCAGCAACUUGCUCAGGAUGCUGAUCUGGCAUUGCUGCAGGUUUUCCAGCUUGCUGCUCACUUGGUAUACUGGGGCAAGGCCAUCAUCAUCUACCCAUUGUGUGAGAACAACGUCUACAUGCUGUCUCCUAAUGCCAGUGUGUGCCUAUAUUCUCCACUGGCUGAUCAGUUUUCUCGGCAGUUCCCUGCUCACGAUUUGCCAUCUGUUCUUGCCAAAUUUUCUUUGCCAGUUUCCUUAUCAGAAUUCAAGAGUCCUCUUGCUCCACCAGUGCAGGAGACACAACUCAUCCAGAUGGUGAUCUGGAUGCUUCAGCAUAGACUUCUGAUCCAACUGCACACAUAUGUUUGCCUGAUGGUGCCCCCCAGUGAAGAAGAGAGUCGAACACGAGAGGAAGAUGUUCCCUUCACCGCCCGCGUUGGAGGCCGGAGCCUUAGCACGCCCAAUGCCCUGAGCUUUGGCUCACCAACCAGCAGUGACGACAUGACUCUCACAAGUCCCAGCAUGGAGAACUCCAGUGCUGAGCUGCUCCCCAGUGGAGACUCACCACUGAAUAAAAGGAUGACUGAGAAUCUCUUGGCCAGUUUGUCAGAGCAUGAGCGGGAAGCCAUCCUCAGUGUCCCUGCUGCUCAGAAUCCUGAAGAUCUCCGCAUGUUUGCCAGGCUAUUACAUUAUUUCCGGGGACGACAUCACCUGGAGGAGAUCAUGUACAAUGAAAAUAUGCGACGAUCCCAACUGCUGAUGCUCUUUGACAAGUUCCGAAGUGUAUUGGUGGUCACCAACCAUGAGGACCCUGUUAUCUCAGUUUUCCAGUCUCUUCUAAAAUGAGUGGGAAGUUUGCCCCCUGUUCAGAGAAGCACUUACCCUGGAGAAUUCAGGCCACCACAGAUCGGAGGGGAUGGGAGGUACCCCACAAACCAUGACUGGUUUUCCCUCAGGCUCUAAGUUGGCCUUUCCUGUUGUUUCUUCUUUCAAGAAGUACACUAUUAGGGGGAUUUAAAGAUCUGCUUACUUAGAUUUUGAAUUCUGGAUGUAGGUGAAGGAAGAUGUAUUUGGGGGCUCACUUAAGCUUGAGAAAAAUGCCCUGUAAUAACAUGACUUUAACUCCUAUGCUGGCUUUCUAAUCUAGAAUCAAUUACAGACUCUGGCUCAGCUUGAGCCUGCUGCUAGACUUGGCAUGGAGAGUCACUCUAGCCACAAGCCCUUCUUCUUAAUCAGCUAUUCCUGGACCUUUGCCCAUCCUAGCUACUUGUUAGUUAUCAAUCUGGGGUCAGUGGGGUGGGGGAAACUGAGAGAUCUUCCUUUUUUCCUGCUUGAGUAGCCUCUGAUUUUUGUCAGGUUCUCUUAAAGACUAAUCUUCCCAACUCAACCAUGAUUUAGACUUCACAGCUAAGGGACCACUGAGAAUGUGAUAGGAAAAUAGAAGAGCCAGGAGGCAGCUUUUUAGCUGCUCUAUCUCAUGUCUUUCUCCUACUCCUUAUAAUUAUCAUUCAGCUUCUCCAAGAAGCUCACCCUUAAAGGGGGAUACAGCCCCUUGAUUCAGUUCUUCCUUCCCCCUACCUUUAUUCUCAUAAAAAAAAAAAAAAAAUAAAGAAAACAGACUCUUUCUCUGCAGAGUGACCUGAAUACCUUGACAAUGAGAGAUUGCAGCUGGCCAGAAGAUUAGUAAGCAGCAACACUAAAGCAAUGGGAAAACGUUUUAUUUUCCUCAGCUGUAAAAUGAGGAGGACUAAAGGGUGGUCAGAAGGAUAAAGUUUCAUCUAGUGCAAAAGGUCUGGUUCUGAAACCCCACACUAGCAUUACAGUGGCGCAGACAGAAAUCCUCCCUUUAGUCUGAAGAGGUCAAAUUUUGGAAAAGUCCAGCUUCCAUGUGAGUUUUAAGCAUAAUACCUUCUUUGUAGUCAGCCUCCCACAGAAUUCUUUAUCUAUACCAUCUGUGAGGCCAGCAGGGCAGUUUUCAAGAGGCCUUAUUCCCCUGCCCACUCACCCAAGGCCUCAGCCUCCAGCCCUGAGGUUAUAGGUCUGGCCCUGGAACUCACCAACCCCAAGUUAUUUUCCCAGGAAAUAAAGCCACCUGGAGCCCCAGGCAGCCCCUGAUUAUUGGGGAAAGCAAUGGCUAAAAGAUUUCCAGUGUGUUUCAGCCGCAUGUCAUCUACCAUUGGGCUAACCUUAUCAGGCUAAUGGAGUAGUUGAGCUGAUCAAAAGAUGGUUCUUUCCCAGCACCUUUCCAAAUAAAGGGAACUCUACAGAAAUAUGUCUCCCCUCAUAGGGAACAGAAAAGCAGGUGCUAUGUCUCCCUAGUGCCUUGGAAUUUAGACUAGGGUUUCUGGGAUCACGUGCCCCUUUGUUGAUGAGCACUGGCUAUUCAUGUGAAUCCGAUUUAAAAAAAAAAAAAAAAGGCAGGCAAUCUUUGCUGGGACAUGGGAGAAGAGGAUCUCUUCUGAAUAUUAAGAUACUCAGGGGAUUAGAACCUCUCUUUUUUGAUACUUCCCUGAGUAGAAAAGUAGGAGUGCUAUACUCAGAAAGCUUGGAUCUGAAUUCAAGCUUUAUCACCAUCUCAUGGGUGUGAAUUCCAAGCAAGUCACUUCUCUUCCCUUCUUCCCUUCUUCCAAUUCUAAAUCCUAUGAUCCUUAAUGGCUUCUCCUCUCAGAGUCCUACUUCCUCAUGUAUAAAAUUAGGAUGAUGCUGGUAGGGCUAUUGAGGCAAGUACUAUCUUCAUGCAGCCCAGAGUAUUGUGUCAUGUUAAUACCAGCAGGGAUGGGACUAGGAUGGGAAUUCACACCCUCUGAUGGACUGUGCCUUAUCUGGAACAUAACUUAGAUCUCCUCCUCACUUCCCCUACCCCCACAGUCCUAAUUUCUAAUUUAUCAUUCCCAGGCUCCUCUUACCCCCUCCUCCCUGAAGGCCCCUUCCUGCUUCCUCAAGGGUAUCCCUCUGGGUUUGCCCACUUGCCAAGAACUAAAGGGGUCACAUAUGAAAAGUAGAAAGGUACAAACCCCAACCUAUAACAGGGGGGAGGGGAAACAAACAAUGGCCAUGUCAAAAUACCUUUUGUUUUCAACUAAAUCAGAACCUCUAUUCAUACUGUCCCAUAAACUUACAAACACCCUCCUACUUGGCUGCCCUGACAGGCUGAGAGUCUCCUGAUAGAGGACACAGCCCCUAGGGGACAGUCAGGCAGGUUGAGUUCAAGGGAGCUUUCACGUUCAAUUCAGCCUCUGGCUGACAAAUUUGAGCUGCUCGAGAACAGGAUAUUCCUGCCCCUCCACCCCUGUGACUCACUGUCCUAUCCUCCUUUCCCCAGCAUCAGCCUCCUGUGGGGGCCCAGUACCUCUGCCCCACAGUAGACUGUGCUUCCCUUUUACUUGUUCAGAAAAAGUCAGGGUGAAACAUCUAGCAAAGCUAAAAUCUAUUGGGAAACUCGUAGUGAGUGAAUUCUAACUGGUACGGACUGGAAAGUAUAGCAAGGACCUGGUGAUCUUGGCCCGGAUGCAUCUGUAAACACCCCCUCUGCAGCUGGUUUUCAAAAAAUGUAAAGAUACAAUCGUGGCCAACAGCCUUGAAAUUCUAGCUCCUUUGUAAAUAUUUCAGCAGUUCCUCAACUACUUGUUCACAUCCAAGUUUGUCCAGCAGUGGCAGAGCAUCAAAGAGCAGUGCCCGGCCUGGCAGGCUGAAAAGUCAGACUUAGGGUAUCAACAUCACCUCACUUCCUGAUGGAGCCGUGCUCCUCUCCAUGGGGGACAUUUCCUAUCUGCAGAACACAUCUAUUGAUGAAUCCUCUAUAAAUCUUAACCGGCUAGGACAGUUUUCUGUUUAUCAGUUUCCCAUCCCCAAAGCUGGGGACCUCCUAAAAAAAGAGAAGGCAGAAAUGGAGGUCCAAGAAAUGGGAAUCUUGCCCAUUAUCAUGCAAGUAAGCCAUAUUUACUUUGUUCCUUCAGUGAACUCUUCAAAACAGAUCCCAAAUACCCUAUCAAUCAACUUUCUUGUCUCUGUUAAUGACACCACUUAACAUUCUCUCAAAUUCCCAAAUCCAAGAAUCACAAUUCCUCUCCUAUAGCCAAGUUUUCUCAAAUCUCAUGAUCUACUCCUCCUCAUAACAUGACAAGUGGCCAUCAAUAUUUUCUUGAAGUUCUCCAAAAGGAGAAGCCAUUUCUAAGGUAGCUACUUUUACUAGUAGAGCUACUGCAUAGCUCUAAUUGUGAGGAAAUGUCUCCUUACAUCAAAUUCAAAUCUCUUAACUUUCCAAGUUUUCAAACUCCUAGUUUUGCCUUCUAGGGUACAACAGAAUAAGUAGACUCUUUCCAUGUAUCUCUAAAUAUUUGAGGAUAGGCAUCAUGGUCCACUCUUAAGUCUCAUCUAGGAUCAACAUCCCUAGUUUCCACAAACAAAUCUUCACCCUUAAGGUUGCACCUGGAUACUCUCCCACUUAUGAAUAAAAUGUCUUUUGUAUCUCGGGCUUGUAAAGUGAAUUUAAAAAAAAAAUCUCAUAAAUCUCUAAUCUUUACCAUUACACUCUCACUUACUGAGGUCUUCAUUUCCUCUUGUCUGGACUUUUGUAAUAGCUCCCCAACUUGUCUCCCUUCCACUAGUGUCUCACUAUCUAAUCCAUCUUAAUGAGCCAGCCACUCUGAUCAUCUUGCUCCUCAAUUCAAACAUCUUCAGUGGCUCCUUAUUUCAAGUUUAAGAUGCUCCGUCUGAUCCUACCCUACUUAGGUCAAUAAAUUAAGCCCCUCUAAAAUGAAAGGCAUAGUACCACGAGGCUAUAAAGAGCAAAGUAAAAAACACCCCCAAGGAGCUUGAUUUCUCCUGAAGGAAUACAACUCAUGCACAAAGUAAAUACAAAUAACAAAAGAGAACACGGUUACUCUGGGGAGAGAGAAGGCUUCACAAAGGAGAUGUACAGACUUUGCUUCAGCCACUCUGCCACUGAAUAUAUGAUUCCAUUCCUGCCAAUUAGGUGGUCUCAUAAUCUCAUCAAUACACAACUCGUUCCCCCCUCCCCCCCUUUUUUUUAGUCUUUGGUCUGGUCUCACUAUUUCCCUACUCUCCCCACUUUGUUUGCAUAUCCAAAAGUUGCAGAACCAUAUCUUGCCCUGACCAAGGGCCAGCUGCCAAUGCCACGCCUUCUAUCUAAUUUGCAACCAGAAAGAAUAUACACUUAUUCCCAGAACCUUCUCAGGCCAGGGGGCUCACUGGUGGUGAAGGAUCUGGGAUUCUGAUCCUUCAGCUGUUCUGGGGUAGACUCCAUGGACCAUCUUAGAAAAUGAGCUAAUGAAAGCCAUAAAAGCGAGGCCUCCUGAGGAACAGAGACUGCUUCUUGGGAUCAAUCCAUUCAUAGGGGCCUGGCCCAAAACAUCCUUUGCACUGUACAGUGUUCGAGGAGCCUAUCAGCCAAUCUCUAUGUCUACUAUCACAAUAUACUAGGUCCAGCCUGCUAAGAAGCCAAAAAGCUAUGGCCCUUGGUGCUAUACAGCUAAGUUGUCAAUGCAGAUUCUCCCUUUUGGUGUUACUCUUUUUAAUCUAUGAGUAAACAAAACAUGCUGUACCAUUUCUGGCAGUAUUUCAAACCAGAGCUCUGUAGCUUUGGCCUAAUCAUUCUCGAGCAAAAAGAUAAUUAGUAAUCAUCGAGGUCAUUUUUUAAUCACCAUUAGAGACUUUGUGAUUCUUCCCCUAUAGGGUUCAAGGGUCCUCUACCUUCUUCUGGACCCUCAGAAGAUGCCUGGAAAGAGGGGUGAAUCUACCCAUUGAACAGAGAGGGAGCCCAAGGCCUAAAGAAGUCAAGAGAGAUGUCUUUGCUAAGGUCAUGUAGCAUUCAUUUAAAACCUUCCACAAUAAAAGCUACUCACAUUCCUAUGGUGUUUUAUAGUUUACAAAGCACUUUCUUACAAGAAGGAAAUAAUACAACUAUUAUCUUUAUUACGGUGAGGAAACUGAGACUCAGAAAAGUAACAGGGCUUACCAAAAAGUUUACCACUCUGCUUGUAAAGUGUGCAGCAGAGUCAGGAGUGACCCUGGCAUUCGGAUACUAAAGCAGGUCUUCCUUCUAGCACAGCUAUUGUCAUUCUCAAAUAAAUGUCUGAUAGCCACUCUUAUCAGAUGGACUUUGGUGCCUUUCUCCCUCUGUCUCUUGCAAGAAAUAUAAGGGAGAAGAAACUAACAUUCACAUUUACCCACCAAGGCUAUUCUUAGAUGGUAGUUUCUCCAACCCUUUGAUUUUUAAAGGUAGAAAACACGUUAGCAUGGAAAGGAAUGAACUGUAUUAUUCUAGAAAGAGUAACAGGCUCAUGAAGAAAAAAAUGACUUAUCUGAGGAGAUCCCAGAAAUGAUCAGUAUCUGGACCAAGACUCCUGGCCCAGGAUUAUCCUUUAGAUUAUCCUGUCUGAUUUCUUCUAGAUCCUGAAGUUUGAUACCUUCUACUUUAGACCUAAGGGCAACAGGGAAACUAAGAUAUUACCCCAGAAAUUUUGUCCAAGGACAGAAAGUUCUACUGGAAGACAGAUGGGUCUUGAUGAAGACCUUAGCUCAAUGGGAAAACCCAAAACUAUUUUCUGAAUCUACCCAGAUAAAAUAAAAAUUACAGCAAACAUCACAAAGAAGAGGGUGAGAGUGGGUCAAAAGAAGCACAGGAAUGGAAAGGGGGCGAGAGAAAGACUGACCUGGGUAUGCCCCUAUCUUCUUCAAUCCUUCCCUGUACAAUCAUCUGUACAGGUACUGUUAGAAUCAGUGUCCUUCAUGGCUCUUUUCAACAAUGAGAUGAUUCAGGCUAGUUCCAAUGGUCUUGUGAUGGAGAGAGCAGACUGUGGGAACUGAUUGUGGAUGCCAACAUAGCAUUUUCACUUCUUUUGUUGUUUGCUUGAAUUUUGUUUUCUUAUUUUUUUUCCUUUUUGGUAUUUUUCUUGUUCAGCAAGAUAAUUGUAUAAAUAUAAAUGCAUAUGUUGGAUUUAACCUAUUUUAACAUGUUUAACAUAUAUUGGAUUACUUGCCAUCUAGGGGAGGAGGGUAGGGGGAAGAAGGAGAAAUUUUGUAUCACAAAUUUUAUAAGGAUCAAUGUUGAGAAAUUAUCCAUGCAUAUAUUUUUAAAAUAAAAAGCUUUAAUUAAAAAAAAAAAACAAAGAAAAAGAAUCAGUGUCUUUGGAGACUUCACUAUUUACAGCAUUUGUCCCUCUCCUUUAAUCUGAAGGUUAGGGAAAAACAAAACAAAACACGGAAAGUCAGUGGCUUAUGGGACAAUGGGACCUCACCUCCUCUUCCGUAGAUAUCUAGAAUUUAACAUGUCCAAAACUUAACUCUUUCCCCUAAAACUUGCUACUAUUCUAAACUAACUUAAUUACUGUUGAGUUCCCAGAACCUCAGGCUUGAAAUUUAGAUGUCAUUCUCAACUCCUUACUCUUGCUUCCCAUAUCCAAUGAACUAGCCAACUUUUACUGAUUUUAUAUUUUUAAUAUUUCCCAAAUUUGACCCUCUUUUCUUCCCUGACACUGCCAUCACCCUCAGGCAGAUCCUCAUUACCUCACACUUAGAUUAUUGUAAUAGUAACUGCUGAGUCUACCUGCCUCAAGUCCCUCCUCAUCCCAGUCUAUUCUCCACUCAGCUGUUGAUUGGUCUUCCUCAAGUUCAAACCUGAUUAUAUCAUCCCUCUCUAUUCAAUAUAUAGGCAGCCACAUGGCAUUGUGGAUAGAGCACCAGGUCUGGAGGCAGGAAGACUAAUCUUCCUGACUUCAAAUCCAGCCUCAGACACUUACUAGCUGUGUGACUGGGUAGGUCGCUUAAUCCUGUUUGUCUCAGUUUCCUCAUGUGUCAAAUGAGCUGGGGAAGGAAAUGGCAAACCCCUCCAGUAUCUCUACCAAGAAAACCCCAGAUGGGGUCAGGGAAAGUUGAAGACCACUGAAAACAAUUGAACAAUAAAAAUUCAUUAAACUCUAGUGGCUUCCUAGCUCCUUCAAGAUCAAAUACAAAGUGCUCUGUUUGGGACUCAAAACCUUUCAUUACCUGGCCCUCUUCUACCUUUUCAGCCUUCUUACACUUUCUGUUCUACCAUAUUCUCGGUGAUCCAGGGCCACUGGCUUUCCUGUUGCUCUUUAUACAAAACAACUCUAACUCCAGCAUUUCUACUGGCUGUUUCUCAUGCCUAGAAUAUUUUCGUUCCUCAUCUCUACUUUCCAGCUUGCCUGGCUUCUUUCCAGUCCCAGCUAAAGGUUCAUCAUCUUUUUGUUAUUGAAGUUUUUUAUUUUCAAAACAUAAUAUGAAUAUUUUUCAACAUUCACUCUUGAAAAACCAUGUUCCAAUUUUUUUUCUCCUUUCCUUCGCCUCUACCUUCUUCCCUAGAUGGCAAGUAAUCCAAUAUGUGUUAGUCAUGAGUAAUUAUGUAUUUCCACAAUUAUGCUGCACAAGAAAAAUAGCAAAAAGGGAAAAAAUGAGAAAAACAAAAUAUAAUCAAACAACAAAAAAAGUGAAAAAAGGUUGUGUUCCACCUUCAGUUCCCACAGUCCUCUCUUUGUAUGCAGUUGGCUCUCCCCAUCACAAGAUCACUGGAACUGGGUUGAAUCACCUUGCUCUUGCAAAGAGCAGAAUUGUCAGAAUUGAUCAUCUUAAUAAUCUAUAUAUGUGUGUAUAUACAUAAACACAUUCAUGUUUGGAUAGCUAAGUUAUGUAUAGCAUAAACAUAUAUAUGUUUGUCUGUGGCUAUAUAGUUGUUUUCAGGUUAUUUUCCUCAUUAAACUGUUAAAGAUAGUUGGCCUUUGUGUCCCCUGCACUUAGCACAGCGUCUCAUAUCUUCUGUGCCUAUGAGAAGAAAGCAGAAUAUCUUUACCAACAGAAAGCACUUCUUAAAUCUUGCUUGAUUAAGUGCUGGCAUUCUGGCUCCAUAGCUCAUUAGUAGCUUUGUGAAUGGAUAAGGUUCUCUGGAACUCUUUAAAGUGAAGAUAAUAAGCCCUGCCUUGUUUAUAUCACAGGGUUGUUUUAAGGUUCAAAUUAAAAUGUACUUGAAAGUGCCAUGAAAAUGGCAAUGUGCUAGAAAUUGUAAUGCAUUAUAUAAGCUGCACAAUAUCAUACAGCUGUGAGGGAAAAGGUAUUAACAUAGUAAUAGUAUGUGCCAUGAGAGGUUGAGGACUAACACAAGCAAGUUCGUUUAGACUGAAAUAGUGUCAAGAGCUAAAGAUUGUCUCUAGAACAGGAGAAAAAGAAACUGCAGGUGAACUGUCUCUGAAAGCUUUUCAAUGCCUAUCUUUGGCAGAGGUAACUGUGAACAACUUAGUCUAGGAAGGAAGGGAUCGGGGAUCUCAGGGUCUCUAAAGGGGGGGGGGGGAGGAAGCUGCAGGAGGUGGACAGAGAAGAGGAUCGCAGAAUCUAAUUAACAAUUAGGAACUAUCAAUGUGAUGAGCUCUGAAGAGGAAGAACUCAAAAGCUGGGGGCCUGAAUGAGAACCCAGAAUUGGUCGAGAGCCAUGCAUGAGAAGAACGUUUAUAACAUGUGUCUGACAAAAGGCCCUUAGCCAUCCCGGAAAACAGCUUUGGGAAGAGUCAGUGUAACUGAAAGCGCCUUUAAGAAGCCCAUUGUACUCGCCUAAGGGCUCUGGGGCCCACCCGUCUUUGGCUCUUCCAGUUCUUGUGGGUUUGAGGGUUUGAGGCGCCCAGACCACACACAGAGAGCUCAUGAAUAUUGCCCGAUGCACAGGUGCUGGGGAGCCAAAGUGCUGACGAGACAACUUUCUUUCCUUUCAAAGAUUGGGCUCUUUCAUUCUAAGCCCCAAGAAGAAAACUGGGUGUUUUCUUUCUCAAACAGAAGACAAAAUUAGGAGCUAGCAGGGUCCCAUGUAUAAACUUUUCCAAUCUCAAGGUUACAACUCCCUUGACUUUCUUUCAUACUAGCUCUCUUAAGGGAGACGUAUAAAUACAUUAAUACUUUCUACCCAUUAUUUCAUUUGAUCCUCAUUAUAAUUCUGUGGGGGGAAAGCUCCAUAUUUCAAAAGAGAAAAUUGACUAUCAAAAAAACGGGCAAAUUGGGCUUUCCCCCAGGUUGUCAGAUCCUGUAUCUAGUGUUCUUUUCUGUUGCAGAUUAUUAUCUUCUUCCUACCAGGCAAAGGAUCUGGACUGAAGUCUUAUUUAGGCUAUUAACUACAGAUGUGAUCCUUUAUAAGUCAACUUCUCUGGGCCUCUGUUUCCUCCUUUGUAAAUUAGGAACUGUAAAAAAAGGAAUUGGAAGAGAUUGAGGGUUCUCAAUCCUUGGGCUAAAGACUCUUGUGGGGGUGAAGGGAUAGAAGUGUAGACUACAGAGUUACUGAAAGGGUGUUGGGAUUCAUAAAACAUUCAUUUUAGAAUAUACAUAGCUCUAAUAAAAUAUGCAACAUACCGUGGUAUAAUAAAUAACAUUCUUUUCUGUAGCCUGAAUCUCAAUCAUAUUACUACUUUUAAAUGAAUGUAGAUGGCCUUGUGAUUAAAUAAAAUAAAAAAGUAUUACCAAAUUCA